CGGAGGAUAUUGGAGAGCGGCGUCAUCUUUAGGCCCGUGUUUACACUCGUGUGUUGAUGUCCGCUUCAUGUAACGUGCCGUGUUGAAGUCAUAAAUACCGUAAUUAAUAAUGGACAUCGCUCUUUAUCUCAUAGCUGCAGCGAUUCUCAUAGUUCUGAUAGUCUUCGCUGUGAAGGUCCGGGGGCGCGCGGAGGAAGCUGACCAUGAAGAUCGUCAGAAUGUGGUUGCGCGAGUUGCAGCGGCCCCGCGAGUGGCGGAGGAGCGAGGGGCCGGCAUGCCCCGCCGCCGCAGAGGUCUCGACAGGAUGAUGGCACAGAGACGCGCACAGCGGGACGCCCCAGAGAACGAGAACAUUGCUCCGGAGGUAGAUGAGGAUGAGGAAGAUGAGCAGCUGCAGGCUGAGGAGCGCCCCCAGGCUGCAGGGAAAGUGGGCGCUAAGAAGAUGAGGAAGCUGGAAGAGAAACAGGCCAAGAGAGCACAGAGGGAGGCUGAGCGGGAGGAGCGAGAGGAGAGGAGGCGCAUGCAGGAGCUGAAGGAGCAGGAGAGGAGGAAGGAGGAGGAGAAGGAGAGACUGCAGGAACAGAAACAGGAGGAGGAGCUGCGGCGUGCUAAAGAGGAGCAGGAGAAGAGGGAGGAAGAGGAGUACCAGCGACUCAAAGAGUCCUUCAUCAUCGAGGAGCAAGGAGAGGCUGAUGAGCUCACUGAACAGGAGUCCCGCAGCUUGCUCCAGGAGUUUAUCCAGUACAUUAAGGACUCGAAGGUGGUGUUGUUAGAAGACUUGGCGUCCCAUUUUGGAAUGCGCACACAGGAUGCUAUUGCCAGACUGCAGGACCUGAUAGCAGAUGGUUCACUUACAGGAGUGAUCGACGACAGGGGGAAGUUCAUCUUCAUCACUCCUGAAGAGAUGAACGCUGUGGCUCAGUUCAUCAAACAGAGGGGAAGAGUGUCCAUUUCAGAACUGGUCCAGGCCAGCAACACCCUCAUCAACCUGACGCCUACGAUUCAGAGCACAUCCUGAUUCAUGUCCACCACCAGUGGAGAUUCUAACUUAUGCUCAGAGAAAUCAUGGAACGUUUUUACCAAACAUGCCAUGAGUAUUUUUUCUAAAACAGUGUGAAUAAUAAAGGGAGCCUGAUCUGUUUGAGUGCUGUGA